CGCCAAACACACCCCCAUUUGGCUGCCACUCGGUCCUCUCGGCCCUUUCUGAAAAACCACCUCUGAUUCCUCCGUCCUCGUCCUCGUAUCUGUGUCUGCAUGUGCAUGUCCCUUUUCCCUCCUCUCGCAAUCGUCGCUGCUAUCAUCACACACCAACGGGGAAAGAAAAAACUUUUCAUUCCUGUCCCCAGCAGUAGCCUGUUGCACCAUUUUUUUUUCUGCAUCCCACGUGGCCCAUACUACUUGGUCUGCUCCUACAUCGGCUCAUCCAUCUCAGAGGCACACAGAAGCAAAUUCCAUUCGCUAUUCCGCCAACAUCCCCUCCAAUAAUUGCGACAAUCCCUGGAUCCAUUUGGCCAAUCUACAAAACACCAGCCUUGCGCUUUUGCUUCACUUUCUGCGAUUUCGACAGACGCAACGCCCUGAUCACCCACGAAAUUGCAACGACCACCACACACAGCGCACUCGCAUCUCCAUCAGCUGACCCCUUCACCCCGUCAACCAAACGCACAUCUCGCAGAUUUGUUUCUCCUCGCUUCUUCGCCGCCUCGCUCGCAGGUCAAGAGACCGCCCAUCCUCCCGCCUGCCGCCCGCCUCCCGUUUCCCGGCUUCCGUCCAAAUCCUCUGCUCGCUCUUCACGCCUUUAUAAAUCAUGUUCUCGGCCUCUUGAUCUCACGUCACUCUUCCCUUCAAGAACUCGACCACCCCAGUCCUCCGAGUUCUUCGUCCUCGUCUCUCUCCCUCUCGCUUUGUCAUUCUCCGCUCUCAGGGCGUGUCGCUCCACCCUUGCCUCGUUGGUCCGAUGUCUUCCAUGUCGACCGUCCAGCGCAUGAACCGAAAAUUAUCCGAAGAACGCGAUGCUGAACGCGCCUCCCAGUUGGCCAAGGAAGCCGUUGAACUUUCCAACGCCGGUGACAAAGUGCAAGCGUCGAGAAAGCUGAGAGAAGCGGCUGCUCUGGGUCAUGCCAACCCAGAUGUCCAGGCCGCCUUUUUCGCCAUCCAUCAUGAUGACCAGCUCAAUUCACCGCUUUUGGAUUUUGUCAGGAGGUAUGCCCUCUACCACGAUAACUCGGCCGGCGAUGAAGCCAUCAAGUACCUGAAGAGCUCCGAGGCGUCGAAUGCUGCUCCUGUGGCCCUCGAAUGCUUGCAGAUCAUCCUCGAAUGCCGCCAGUCUACCAUGUCCGGUGCCCAAGACUUCAUCAUCGCCGAACUGGCCAAGCGGAGCCCCGCGGUUCGAAAGUAUUUGGCUACUGAGCUCCAGGCUUCGACGACCGCCUUCUUUGACAAUGUCUACGAAAGGGGUGAUGACGCCGCCAAUUGCCUUCGCUCUGUCGUGCUCGAUGAUACAUUAUGGCCGACCGAGGACGUCCGACUGCGCGUGGAGGAUGAUCUUUUCCAGCUCUUCCUCGCCAAGUUGAUGGAAACGGGACACGAUCAUGACGGUCGAGCUCUCAAAGGCAUCGCCCUGUUGUUGAUCGCCGACACCCAGCGGCUCCAUACGUUCAUCGACGAGGAUGCAUUCGAAGCCCUCAUGGGCUCCCUCGAUUUGAGACUACCCCCGGAUGUCCGAGGUCAGGCCACCCUCGUCCUGUCCAAGUUCUUUGAAGUGGCAGAACCCACCGGUCAAGAAUAUCUCUCCAAGUACAUCACGAACCACGUUCAACGGAAAAAGGGUGAUGAUCUCGUCCUGGCCUUUUCGGCCGGAGCAAGUCUCUUUCCCGUCAUUCCGACUGUCGUGGCUCCGCUCUUCUUGGUGGACGGAUUUCUUAGCUCGAUCAUGCCGCUCCUCGAUAGAAAGUUCAGCAGUCCUCUCGUCCACGACGCCUUCCUCUUUCUGCUCAACGCCGCUUGCAUCGACGGCGCCUGUCGGACCGCGAUCGCACAGUAUUGUGCACCUUGGCUCGCGGAUAAAGUGAGCAACGGAACCGGCAAGCAACCAUCGGUGGCCGCCACCGUGUUGGCCAAAUUGAGAACCUCAGGGGUCAAGAUUGGAGAUCAGAGAGCCAACAAGGCAGAUGAUGAUGUUAGUGAACUCGUUGAUCUUUUCAAGAAAUCCCUCACCGUUGUUGAAGAAGGCAAGAACGUUUCUGACUCGAUUGAAGGCCUUGCGUAUACAUCUUUAAAGCCCGAGGUCAAGGAAUCGCUCGCCAAAGACCGCAAGUUCCUCAAAUCUCUCCUUGAAGUCCUCAACGAGAACCACACCACUCCCGAAGUCGUGGUGGGCGGAUUAAGUAUCAUCUCGAAUCUCACACAAUAUGCGCCAAAUCUGUCGGAAGAACAGAAAAGGAUAUCGCAGCUGAAAGCAUAUGCGAAUGCUACGAAACCUGCCGAACCGAACCCUCUGGAGGAUGACGAGCAUGUCCGGGCACGUUGCACAGCCGUGGUUGAGGCCGGAAUCGUGGCCUCACUCAUCAAACUAAACAAGGGCAGGUCUCCGGCCACAGCACAGCUAAGCGAUAAAAUCCUCUUGUCGCUGUCCAAGAAUUCAAAAGAUAGGGGGAAGAUUGCUCAACAGGGCGCCGUCAAGCUUUUGGUUUCUCAUGCACAAAGAAGUCUACAAUCAUCCGAGAACAACGUUCAAUCCAGCUCCGACGCCGCGCACGCUCUUGCGCGUAUCCUGAUCUCCUUGAAUCCAGCGCAUGUCUUCCCGGCAGGCUCGACACCCGACAUUACUGACGCUGUUCCACCUCUAGUGGCGUUGCUGAAGUCCCCGGGCGGAGCGGGUCUUAAUGACCAGCCGCGAGAUCUCCUACCGGUCUUCGAAAGCCUCCUUGCCUUGACCAACCUUGCUUCGGCCCCUACCUCGAACGCUGCAUCUUUCAUCAUAAAAUCCGCCUGGGACGACAUCGAAGAAUUUCUCCUGGGAAACAAUGAGCUUGUCCGCCGGGCGGCAUGCGAAUUGAUAUGCAAUUUAACGGUUGUUCCCGCUGGAAUCGAGAAAUUUGCCGACGGCUCGAAACGUGCAGCACAACGAUUACGCAUCCUUGUUGCGAUGGCCGACGUCGAAGAUUUACCCACGAGACGCGCUGCGGGUGGAGCUCUGGCAAUGCUCACGGAACAGUACGUCAACAUCGUAUCGCCAAUGCUUGAGUUCAAACGGACGCCAGAGAUUCUUCUGGAGCUAUGUCUCGAUGAAGAUCCGGGCGUGGUGCAUAGAGGCCUAGUCGUCGUAAGGAACAUGCUGUGUUGCGAUGAAGCCGACCAGGACAACAAGCCAUUGGCAUUAAAGGUGAAGGAGGCGUUCAAGAAAGAAGGCGCUGUGGAGAAAGUGAAGACUUCGCUGAAGCAGACCAAGGAUCCGGAACUGCUGACCAUUGGCGUACAAGCCCUGAAAGUCCUGGUGGACGACCGAACGAAGUGAACAACAAGGAGGACACUUUCGCGCAAUAGUCCUACCGGGCUGAAGGGCCGCUUCUUCUUACGGUCCUUCGCCGUGGUCUACCCAGAGCAUGCGGACUUAUCACCGCACUUUCGGCCCUGCAGAGCACAUGGACGGGGCUUGACUACUCGACAAUAUCCGGUCUUCAAGCUCGAGUACACGACUGGCCAGAGAACCGGCUUCUAUCAGGAGGAUCAAGUUGGCCGCACCCGCCAAUCCCCGUUAGUCGCCAUUCCAAGGACAACACAUACAUAAUAACGAUAUCUUCAAGCUAUUUGGCUAGCGGAGUUUGGAUUAUACGGCCUCACAAUCGGCCCUGGGGCGGAGGGAGCAGCGGAGAGCUCCCGGCGUUUUUUUGUUUUGGUGUACAUGGCCGGCGCGGAGUUCCGACGAAAGGAUUCCUAGAGGGUGGUCGUUUUCCUGAGCAUGGGGGUUUUCCGCCGUGUUUCUUUUCUUAGUCUCGACAAUCGUCGAGGAUGGUCCAAGUUGAGAGUGAUCACACCUGGAGGGGGUAUCGCCGCCUACGUACGCACUCCCAUUUGGUACUAUUGUGUUGCUCCUACCUGCCAUGGGCCAUUGUUUCUCGCCGGGGCUUGCUGUAUCAUGCGUCUGGAACAGGCAGGGGACUACUAGUUUAACACCAUGCGUGGCCAGCAUCUGCAGUUUCGGGCGCAUGCUCGCGAGGUACCCUGCUGAAAGCCCGAUAUCAAUUAAGACCAAUAUCAGUAUCAACAUCGAUAUCGAUAUCGACACCCCAUUUCCUCACUUGAUACCGCUACCAUCUUCCACCGACGAUUAUGAUCAUGUCGAGGACAACAUCUGGGACGAUGGAUCUGCACAUUUUCCAAAGAUGCGUUCGUUGUAUAUGCAUUCCAUUCGUUCAAUGAUUUUUGCAUAUAUGUUGCUUUAUUGGAUUUCCCCCUGUAUUACAUAGUAAGGUACGGUACACACCUUUCUGGGUCAAG